AUGGCGUUCUUUCGCGAGCUGUUGUUGUCGUUGGUGGAAGAUGAACCACAGCUGCAGAGGAGAUUCCUGGAUGUGACGGCGAACGGAAGUGGUGGCGAGGACGGUGUGGAGAUUGCCACGCUCCCGUUCUUGCUGCACAUCUUGUCGGUGGACGAGAAGCGGGAGAGAUUGAUGGCGGCCCGGGUCGCCACCGCAAUCCGGCAAGAUGAAGACGGUGGUGACGACGGCGAAGCGCAGGGCGAUUCCAUUCUGCACUACGCCGCGAGACGUGGCUACACAUUCUGGUGCGAUGCCCUUCUGCGGCGCGACGCCCUCCUCGACGAACCCAACUCUGCCCAAGCCUUCCCUCCUCUCUUCUACGGCGCGGCCCUGACCGUGGGCUCUCUGCACGCCGUGGAUGUGGCCCGCGACUUCAGCCGCGCCGAGAUCGUGGACUACCUCGAGACCUACCUCGCCACGUCGGGCGUGAAGCCCGGACAGAGCCAGGCGCUCGUCACGAUCCCGGGUGCGGCGGACGGUCCGGCCACUGCGCCGGGCCACAAGCGAGUGCUGACGAUCGGCAUUUGCGGGGCCACCUCCUCCGGCAAGAGCACCCUCGUGAAGCGGCUAGUCAAGCACUUCAACAUCGCCUCGUACGUGCGCUUCGACAACUUCUGGAAGAGCUACAACGAGUUGCCCCGGGAACAGGGCUACGUGCACGGCGAGUGCCCCGAGGCACUUCGCAUGGACGAGUUCGUGGCCUACCUUCGUGCGGCGCAGCACCGGAGCGAGGAGGACUGGACCGAGACCAGCGAACCGUUCAUCUUCGUCGACGGGUUCCUAUUGUUCUGCGACGUGAAAUACUUGCCGUUGUACGACAUCAAGAUCUUCAUCAACGUCUCAAAAGAGAAGUGCAAAGAACGGCGGUUUGGACGCGACCCAGGCACAUCAGAGGACUACUUUGAGCGGAUCAUUUGGCCCUCCUACUGCCAGUGGAACAGCCACCCGCUGGGGGUCUACGAGCAACGACGGCUGGCCUCGGACCACGGCGCCGGCAUUGCACCCAAAGAGCAACACGCGGUGGAGCACGACGGCAUUCUGUUCAUCAACGGCGAAGCCGACGUGGACGAGGUGUUCCGGAGCGCCCUCGACCACAUCAACUCCCGAAGGCAGGCCCAUCUCACAUCAUCAACUUGA